AUGUCGCAAAAGCGCAAAUACGCCGAAGCUUCCGAAGCCUCAAAUUCCGCGCCCAAGCCGUUCAAAAGACAUCGCGCUUUCAAGCCAGGGUCAGGUCACCAAAAACCGAAGAAGCGACCACAGGUGUCCAGUGACAUCGACAAGAGCACCAGCACCCAUGCGCUGAAGAGCAGGAUACGGGACUUGAGGCGUCUAUUGGCGCAUGUCGACAAUGUGGGCGACCACAAGAUGUCGGCAAGCAAUCGGAUAGAGAGGGAGAGGGAGCUGGAGGCGUGUGAGCAUGAGCUGAGAGAGAAGAUGGAGAGUAGUAGGGAAGCCGAGUAUAGGAAGAAAAUGAUCGGAAAGUACCACCAGGUACGAUUUUUUGAUCGUCAAAAGGGCACGCGCAUACUCAAGAAGCUGAAGAAGGAGCUACAAGGCGAAGAGGACGAGGAAAAGAAGCAGGAACUUGCGCAAAAAGUUCACAAUGCCGAAGUCGAUGUCAACUACGCCAUAUACUAUCCGUUGAUGAAGCCAUAUGCCUCUCUAUACCCAAAAUCAAAAAAGGAAAAAGCGGAUUCGGAUGAGAGCGGGGAGGGUGAUUCUGGCGACAAACCGAAUCGCGAAGUUGACGGGCCCAAGGGAGAUGUAGCCAUGUGGAAGACUGUUGAGGAAGCCAUGGAAAAAGGCACACUGGAUGCACUGAGGAAUAGAAAGGAGGAUCUGCCAGCACCAGCGCCUGUAAAGGAAAAGAAGAACAAGAAGCCGGAUCACGCUAUCAAGAGCAAGGAAAAGAAGAUAGCAGAGAAACUUGCUGCAGCAAAGAACCGCCGCGAGAGGAGAGCUUUGGGUGUUCAAGCUCAGGAAGAAGCAGAGGAAAGUGAUGGUGGUUUCUUCGAGUAA